GGGAGACAGUGCGGCCCUGUCAGGCCCCGUCAGGCCGCAGGACAAGGCGGGUGUUGGGCGGGGGAAGAGAGGGAACCCCCUCUCCCCACACAGCAGCUCUGUGGCAGAUCCCUCUGUGCCAGGUUUGAAGUCGGUACCCAGGUAGGCUGGAGGGCUAAAGGUUGUCCCCAGGCCAUCACUCAUUCCCACGGGGCUGUGCAGAGGCACCAGACUCUGCUCUUUGCACUUGUCAACCCUUAACGUACCUUGUCCACCCCCGCGGUGUCCGAAGGCAGGUGCAGAGGUGAGGCUGCUUGCAAUGCAUCUCUACCCAUACAGUACAUACAGGCACAAAGUAAACAAUGGAGUCAGACAUAAAAGUGAAUGAACAUUUUAAAAGCCAGUUUAAGGCUUAUCAAGAGCAACAGCAAAGGCGGCUGCAAAAUUUAAUGGAGAGGAAGAAGGAAAAGCAGAACAGUCAGAAGGGUGAUAAUGGCAAUGCAAAGGAGACUUUCAGAAUCCAGAAUGAUCUAAACCUAUUUGAAACAAGACAACCUGUAAAUGAAGACGACAGCAAAAGAUUGCUCGAUGUUGAGAAUGAGCAGCUCCAGGAUCAGCUUCGAGAGGUCCGAGAUGAGAACUGCAGACUAUACAAACUAGUGACAGAGAAAGAUUUUGAAAUAAAGCAACUCCAGAAAAAAAUACAGGAGGACAGAUUGGCUUUGUCAGGGGCGUCUGGUUUAGCUGGAGAUGUUGCAGCUACUAAAAUAGUUGAAUUGGCCAAAAAGAAUCGUGAGAUAACUGCCGAAACUGAGACUGAAAAAGCCAAAGUGAAGCAACUGAAUAACAAAGUCAAAGAGCUGGAGAAACAACUACAGACAGCCAUGGAAAAAUUGCAUUCUCUUGGUGGUGGCGAUGCAGGAAUCAAGCAAUCAACUCUGAAGAUGACAGAAGGAAACUUGGCUGAAAGUCCGGAGGUGAAAGCAUUGCAAGAAAAAUUAACCACAGCCAACUUUAAAGUGAUGGAAUAUCGUAACCAACUCCAAUCUGCAAAACAGGAACUGAAGAUGACCCAGAAGCUUUUAGCAAAUGAAGUUGGUGAAGAUGUGAAUAUUCAAAGUCUCUUGACCAAUUCUGGCAGCUGGCGUGGACGAGCCCAGCAAAUUCUUGUUCUCCAAAAUAAGGUUCGAGAGCUGGAGAAUCAGUUGCGUCAAAACAAGACCAGAACAUCACUGAGUGAGAUUGAUGAGGAAUUGCUGGCACUUACUGAUCCAAGGAAGUUGUCAGCCCAAGAGAAGAACUUAUUGAAGAUUCGCAGCUUGGAAAAAGAAAAGAAAGAAACCUUGGAGAAACUCACUGGGGAACAUGAUGCUCUCCAAAAAAGUCAUGAGGAAGUGAAAAAAAAGCUUGAUGCAUCAAAAGCCAGGAACAAAGUACUGUGCAGCGAAGUGAAAACCCUGAAGGGACAGAUCGUAACCUUGCUGGAGAAAGGAAAACACGACGAUGAGCUCAUAGAUGCCUUACUGAGCCAGCAGAAGCAAAUGCAGGAGAUCUUAAAGCACCUGAGCCAGCAGGAUGAGAAGAACAAGGAGUCCCAGCAGAUGCUAGGGCAGCAUUUGAACAGCGAGGUUCAGAAACAAAACUGCCUGAUAGAGCAGCUCAGACAGAUGGUGGCUGAACGAGAAGCAAAGGUUAAACAGCUGGAAGAGGAGAUUGGGCAACUCACACUUCAGAAGAAAGCUGCUCAUCAAGGGGACAGUUCAGGAGAUGCUGAUACACCACCUUCUGAGCACUCAGAAGAUCCAGGUUUUACUCUGCUUAAGCCUCUGGCAUCAGACAGCAAUCAGGUUGGAAGGACUGGAUCUGCUCGCACAGUGUCCAAGCUGGGCCAUACGCUUGUAGAGUCAGCAGCUACUGAGCCUUCUCUUCUCAGUAAUAACAUCCCACCUGGAAGGCUUGCUGGCACUGACAGCCCGGAUUUGAAAGUGCUGCAGACACAGAUCACAGAGCACAAGGCUCUCUGCCAGGCUGCCGAAGUGGAAAGAGACAGGCUCCUGGAACUGGUCACUGUGCUGCAGAAAAGAGUGGAGGAAGGCAGCAAUAAAGUCCUGGAAGCUGAGAAGAAGCUUCAGGAAGAGCGGCGACGAUGUGUCAUUUUGGAACAGCAGCUUGAAAAACUGCAAAUGGAACCAGGGAGGAACACAAGUGCACAGAAACCUCCUCUGAGGAGCAAAACAGGUCAGUCUGCGAGUCAUUCAAGAUUCACCUUGAAUGUGAGUGACAGGAAGGAGCGCUCUGCAGCCCAGCUCUCCAAGUUGCCUCUAGAAUCGCAGAUAGAGGAGCUGAGCACAAGCCUUGUGAUCCAGCUGGAUGAGAAUGAAGCUCUGAAGGCCGCUUUGGAGACUACUGUGAGAAAGAAAGAAGAAGACUUUAAACUGUAUCAAGACACAAUGGACCAAGUGAAGGAGAUCUUUUUACAGGCCAUUCAGCAGCAGAAAGAAGAGAAGAUUCAUGGAGUUCCUGAUGGAGGAGGUCACGGAGCUGAGGAGAAGCUCCGCACCUGAGAGUUAACCCUCCCUGUGCUUACAAGUCCUGCUCCACUUCCCCAGUGCUGGCCUGCAGCUCUGCAAAGCCAUCAGAGGUGUCUCUCACAAAAAGCAGGACCAAAAUGGUUCAUUGCCAAACUCCUCCUGCUCACCCCAUCAGUAGCAUCAGAGGAAAAGGCAUCUUGCAACCCGCAAUCCUCUCCUCCUGACAACCUGAGUGAUCAUAAAUCCUGGAUCCAGACACAGACACAGCCUCAUCCAAGUUUUAUUUGUUUCUGUUCAGCUCCAUCCUGCUGAUGUUGCAGCAUGGAGUAGAGUGAGCAGACCAAAGAGAAGGAAUCAGCCCACCUCUGACCGGUAUUUUAAGGACCUGCGGUAGUGAGCGGAUCCCUUUGAAAAGCUGCCUGAGCUGUGGCAGAGGUGUGGAGAUUUUGCUAUGCAGUGGCUGCUAAGUGCAGGCUGGUAGCUUGCAGCUGGAGAUUCUGAUUUCACUUACACAGAAGCGUGACUCAAUAGUAUUUUCACCUAAGUACAGGAGAGGCAAUCUGCUGUCCUUUCGAACACAUGGUCAGCGUUUGUCCCGUGUCCCAUGACGAAGCAGUGAAGAUCAUACUGCUCUCCAGCAAAGUUCUUCCUAGGGCGGCUGUGAAUCAACCCAUGAAAUGCAGAUAAGAAACUGGGAGUGCUAUAUAUCACAGAACACAUAUGGCUCGCUAGCACAUGGUGCAAACCUCUUCUCAAGUGCUGCAACACCCGUUUCUUUAAACAUAUGCUUGUUUGGGGUUGCACAGAAGCAUUUUCUCUUUUUUUUCUGCACGUACACAGAGCACCACCUGACACCUUGACAAAGAAGGAACUAAGACACUAUAAAAUAGUUUAUUUAGAGAGCCUGUACCUGUAAGUAACCGUUUCUCAUGGAAAUGUGCAUUGUCUCCCAUCACAGAGGAGUGGAGGGUCUGAAGGCAGGCCAAAUUGUCCAGAUCAUCUCAGUUUUCACCUUAGUUUUGAAAUAAAUUCCCUCUGCACUUCCACAGAGUGACCUGCCUUCAAUUUCUCCCCACGCUGACUCUUGUUAGCAACUGAUUCCCAGUUUUCAAGGUAUGAGAGCAAUUUUCUUGCAGUAGAUGUUGGGGGGCCCCGUCAGAUGUUAGAAGCAGCGGCCCUGGUUCAGCUGGCUGCAGCAGCCCCAUGUCCCCCAGCCCAUCACUCAGAGAAUAAAACCAGUGAAAAUAUUUUUCUCACUGCCUGCAAAAACCCGUAUCACUGGGCCUAAGCCAGAGAAUCUCCAGCAUGCUUGAUGAGCUACAACAUUUCUUUUAGGGAUGUAGCUGGGCUUGAUCUGAAACCUCCACAACCCCCUGCUUUCCUUGGAAGUUUGGCCUCCUGGAUAGUUACCAGUCCAUUAAAAUCCCGUGGUUCGAUUCUCAUUUUAAUUUCUCUGGUUUCAGUUUGCAGCCAGUCAUCGUUACGCCUUUCUUCGCUAGAUAAAAGCGCUGUGAGUACCCAGCACUACCUUGCUGGGACAGCCUUCAUCCCGUAUAAAGUCAUGUCACAGGCCGCUUUUUGAUAAGCUCUGAGCUUUUUCGGUCCCUCAGUGCAGCUAAUGGUGGUGACAAGCUAGUGGCGACGACGCUCGGCACCGCUGCACAGGCUGGUGGAUACAGUUAAGCUGCAAAGAACAGCGUAAGGUUAAUUUUGCUCCAAGUAUUUGAGGCUAUGGGCACUCCUCGUUAGGAUUUGGCCAGGUGUUAGGCAAUUUAUGCUAAGGAUACGAGUCCUCCAAACACUUGGGCUGAGCCAAAGGUUGCCUCCUACCCUGGAGCUGGGCAGAGCACUUCCUCGGAGCAGCUAUAAAGCACCUGACAGAUGCAUCCAAUUUUAAAAGUACAACUGAACUGCCGGGAAUAAAUGCCCUUUGAUGAAUCGCCAUCGUUUUCCUUUCAGCCCUGUUGCGAGACGGCCUCCUCUGAAGAGCGGGCAUCGCAAGAGUGCAGCUUUCCAAGCUGGCUGUAAUGUGAAUUAAGUUGCAUUAGCGCAGUUAAAUAUAGACGAUAUCGACAGAGGCGAGCUCUGCCUGCCCUGGGCUCCGCUCGGCCGAGUGGUGAAGGAUCAGCCAGCAGGUCAAAGCCGAUGCCACUGCAACGGCUCCAGUUUAGAGCUAUCGACUGGGGCUGUGGGUGGCUCGUGCCCUCCCCAAGACUCCAAAGAAGGACGGAGGUGCGAGGAGGAGACAGAAUUUGGUCCUUCAUUUGGGUGAAGAAAGCUGGUGGCAAAGGGGAACUCAGUUGGAAACUGCUUUGCCAGCCCCUGCGGCGGCCGCAGCCGGCAGCUGCUACUGCCCUGCAAGGCACAGGGCCCUCGCCCCGUGCGUGACAAAAGGAAUGAGGUUUGGCUUUAAAUGGAAAAACGCUUUAGCAGAGCCCUCGUGCUCUAAAUUAAGCCACGACUGAGCCAAGAGGGGUAUUGGGUUUCUCCCCUCAUCCUCUCCCCUCCGAGCCCAGCUCCGAGCCAGCCGGUCCCGCGGGACAGGGUGGCCUCACUCAACAAAUGCCACUUCAAUCCCCACGCGUCUCCGCUUACAGCUCCGAAACCCAUCUGUGGGCAGGGGGUGAAGUCCUGGGCUUUAGAGCAGCUCGUUUGUCAGCAAGGAUGGUUAUCUGCGGGGCGCAGCGAGAGGAGGGGGGUCAUCCCACCAUGUCAUUGACCUAAUUGGGGCAUUUUCUCAGGAACAGGAGGGCAUUGCGAGGAGGUGAAGGCACUGGGCUUUCAUGCUGGGUUGUCCCUUCUUCAGACGCCUUCCCCAGGGCAGCAGGAGGUCCUGGGACCUUUGAUGGGUUGGUGUGUGCCAUGGGGGGGACACAGCCAUUCUGGGGGUGGUGAGAGGGAUCAAUGGAUGGAUGGGGCACACGUCCCCCUCUCCUGAGCCGUCCUGCAGGGAGGUGCCUGCUGAGGUCCUGGUGGGGUUGGCGUGUUCCCAGUGACACGUUUGCAUGGGGAACCCGAUGGGGCAGCAUAAAACAACCAAUGUGGGUUAUUGUAACCCUUUUUCCUCCCUUUUCACCCCACAAAGAGCUGCUCCAGCAGCAGGGAGAGAGCAGCAAGCAGCCAGGAGAAGGCUCCUUCCUUUGAUGUCCCCAUCAAACAUCUCCGCUUCGUGCCGCGCCUCGCUGGGACGGAGCCGAGGGCCUUUCAUUGAACCCCACCACCUUCCACACUCACUUUCUCGGACACUAAAGAGGGCACCAGCCUCAGCUCAUGUGCCACAACUUCCAGCUAGAUGUUUGAAAAAAACAUCAUUAAAAUCAGCUCGAAGCCAUAAACAGCUCUUCAUCAUAAAGCAGCAGCACUGGGGCAAUAAAACACAGAGGCGUCCCCUGUGCCGAGGAAGGCGCG